ACAGGCCAUGCAACACGAUAAUGGAAUCUGUCUUGUAUUGAACUAUUGUUGCCCAGCUCCAUCACCGAAACCCAGCUGAACAUUUUCGAACUCCGGCCCCAGUCAUUGUGUCAGCUUGCACCGUCUCUUGAUCUCCGUUCCUGACUUCGUUCCUCCAUUCUGGAAUUUCCUCUCCUCCAGUACACCUUCCCGCAGAGCCUCAGCCCUUUCUCCUAAGCGCUCAAUCCUCCAAGGCGACGAAGCCGACCUGUUCCCUUGGUCAGGGCAGACAAUACCAACCACCUCUUUGCAAUGUCCGCUCAACAAGUCAUGGGUACAUCGACUCCCGGUGUGGAGAAGAUUGAGAAGAAACCCGUCAAGUUCAGCAACCUGCUCCUCGGAGCUGGGCUGAACAUGUUCGAGGUCACAACCCUGGGACAGCCCUUGGAAGUCAUCAAGACAACCAUGGCUGCCAACCGAAAGGACACCUUCGCUGGUGCCAUGUCAAGAAUAUGGGGACGUGGUGGUAUUCUUGGAUACUACCAAGGCCUCAUCCCGUGGGCCUGGAUCGAAGCCUCGACAAAGGGUGCCGUCCUCCUCUUCGUCGCCUCCGAGGCUGAGUACUACGCGAAGACCUUUGGAGCCAACAACUUUGUCGCCGGCAUCAGCGGUGGCAUGGUUGGUGGUGUCGCCCAAGCAUAUGCGACAAUGGGUUUCUGCACGUGUAUGAAGACGGUCGAGAUUACCCAGCAUAAACUCGCCGCGCAGGGUGUCAAGCCUCCUUCAACCUUCCAAACAUUCGCGGACAUUUACAGAAAAGAAGGCAUCCGGGGUAUCAAUAAGGGUGUCAACGCCGUUGCCAUCCGUCAAACUACGAACUGGGGUUCGCGAUUCGGUUUGUCCAGAUUGGCCGAGUCGGCUAUUCGAAAAGUGACCGAUAAGAAGGAUGGCGAGAAAUUGAGCAGUGUUGAGAAGAUCAUUGCUAGCGCUCUUGGUGGUGGUCUGUCUGCCUGGAAUCAACCGAUUGAAGUCAUUCGUGUUGAGAUGCAGAGCAAAACUGCCGAUCCCAAUCGGCCCAAGAACUUGACUGUCGGAAAGACGCUGAAGUAUAUCUACGAAACCAACGGUCUUAAGGGUCUAUACCGUGGUGUUACUCCUCGUAUUGGUCUCGGCGUUUGGCAAACUGUGUGCAUGGUUGCUUUGGGUGAUAUGGCCAAGGAUGCUGUUGAGAAAUUGACUGGCGAAAAGGUUACUGCGAAGCACUGAAGGAGUUCGGGUUGACAUGUUGAGUUGGGCACAAGCGAGAGCGGAGAUGCGAGUCUUCCUCCGUCCCUAGAGUAUCUACAACAGCGAAUCAUUACGACAUGUUGGUGUGCCUGUUUCUGGAAGACAUGAAUAGAUCUGGACUGGAAUACUUUUUUCGGGCGUUCUCUUCGAAUUACGUUGUUACACAUUGUGUUGCCCGAGUCGGCGACAGAGCGAGGCUGCAAAUUGCUUCGCAAUGGAAUGCAAAAUAUGAUGGAUAUAUAUAUUUAUUAUUCUGCGUCUGUAUCGCUUAUAUGUCCGACUGUUCAACAGGAUGUGCA